GCGGCUGCUCCAAAAUUGCUUAAAAUGUGAUUUCUACUCUAUACCUUUCAUUUAAAUUUUACGUAGCAGACAAGUAGUAAUAGUAGUACCCAGAAUGAACCCUCAGUCAAAGCCCAGCAAGGACUUCGUGCUGCCACCAAACGGACUCUUCGAGAUCCCGCCACCACCGCCGCGUCCGGAUUAUGUGGCGAUGAGAGUGCCCGUAAAAUCGAUUAGAAUUGGCAUGUGGAGGAAGGAGGAAGUUCUGCUUGACAAGCAACUCGAGUUCUUCUUCAAAACGAGAGCUGUAAGGAAGCCGAAAGUCAGUCACUCAGAGGAGGACUCCCAGUUGGUGUUCUCUAAGAUUCCCGACAGGUGCGAUGUUGGCAAGACCAGUGGUGCUCCCUGCAUAGGUUUUGGCGGUGCCCUCCUGCGAUUCGUGUUCAACUUGCUGGGCAUUUUCCAGAAUGAGUGCGAUAUGGACGACAACUUAAGGUGGACUUAGUUGGUGUUUUAGAGCACUUAUUAAAGAGCGUCUUUUGCCUGAAUGAAGGUUAAAAUCGAAUUGAAA